UGCUGAAGGUGAUGUCACCAGAAAUCUCCUCGACUCCGUCGUGUACCGCGUGGGGCUCCUGGCGGCCCUGCGGUCGCAGAAGUUCCAGGGGAAGACCAUCGGUAUAAUGAUCACGGCCUCGCACAAUGUCCCCGAAGACAACGGCGUAAAACUCGUUGACCCCAUGGGCGAGAUGCUGGAGGCUGCCUGGGAAGUCUACGCAACGACUUUGGCCAACGCAUCCACCGACGAGCAGCUCUUCGAGGAGUACGAGAAACUCGCUGCACAGCUGAAAAUCAGCACCGAGAUCACCCCCAAGGUCAUCUUCGCGAGGGAUACCCGGGAGUCGGGGCCUGCCCUUGUCGAGUCCCUUACAGACGCGCUCAAGGCUACCGAUACGGAGUUUGUUGAUCAUGGAAUCUUGACGACACCGCAGUUGCACUACUUGGUGCGGUGCAUCAACACGGAAGGCACGGAGGAGGCGUAUGGAGAGGCCACGGAACAGGGCUAUUACAACAAGCUGGCAGAGGCGUACAAGAAGCUCAUGAAGAGGGUCCCCAGCUUGGGACAGGUCACGGUGGAUUGUGCGAAUGGUGUCGGUGCGCCGAAACUGCGGCGUCUUGUAGAGACCAUUGGGGCGGAUUUGUUGGAUUGUGCUGUGAUCAACGAUCAUAUCGACCAGCCGUCGAAGCUCAACUACCAGUGUGGAGCAGAUUUUGUCAAGACCCAGCAGCGUCUCCCACCUGCAUCCCACGUCGCACCUCUGGCCCGCUGCGCUUCCCUCGACGGUGACGCCGACCGCAUAAUCUACUACUUCAACGACAGCGAUGGCAACUUCCGGCUGCUGGAUGGCGACAAGAUCGCCACUCUUGCCGCCAGUUUCAUCGGCGAUCUCACCAAAGCCGCAGGCCUAACGUCGCUCCGCAUCGGAGUGGUGCAGACUGCCUAUGCCAACGGCUCGUCGACCUCUUACAUCACCAAGACGCUCGGCCUCCCCGUCGUCUGCACACCCACCGGCGUAAAACACCUCCACCACGCCGCUCUCAAAUUCGACGUGGGCGUGUACUUCGAAGCCAACGGCCACGGCACCGUCAUCUUCUCCAAAGGCGCCCUCCAAGACAUCGCCGAGCACACGCCCGAGUCUCCCGCGCAGGCGGUAGCCCUCGAGAGCCUCAAGGCGCUCGUCGACCUGAUCAACCAGACCGUCGGCGACGCCCUGUCGGACCUGUUGAUGGUCGAGGUGAUCCUGGCCCACAAGCGCUGGGGACCUAAGGAGUGGGACGGCACGUACACGGAUCUCCCCAACAGACUGGUCCGCGUUGAGGUGACGGAUAGGACCGUGUUCCUCACCACCGACGCAGAGAGGAAGCUGCUCGAGCCUGUCGGCGUCCAGGAGAAGAUCGAUGCCCUGGUCGGCAAGUAUAAGCAGGGCCGUGCGUUCGCCAGAGCCAGUGGUACCGAGGACGCCGUGAGGGUCUAUAGUGAGGCGGCGGAGAGGGGCGAGGCGGAGGAGCUGGCCAGGUUGGUCGCGGAGAUUGUCGCGCAGUACUAGGCGAAGACGGAAAAUGGGUACGAUGCUGGGUAGAUACAGGCUGUUUGUCUGUGGCUCGUCUGUCUGGCGCGGUUGAAGCUUGAAUACCAGAUUUGAAGGCUUUCUUGGUUGCGAGUGAUUGCGA